UGUCUCCCGGCAGGCAGCGCGCCACCGCAGCACCUCAUCAGGGUGGAGGCUAAUCAGCUGGCCCAAUAUAUUGACGACCCAAACACCAAGCGGCACAGUGUCGUCGUGCCGUAUGAAAAAGCACAGGUGGGUGCCGACAGCACUACGCUGUUGUUAAAUUUUAUGUGCAACAGCUCUUGCAUGGGAGGCAUGAACCGGCGUGCCAUUUUGGCCAUCAUCACUUUGGAGACUCUGCAAGGUGACCUCCUCGGACGCCGCUGCUUUGAAGUCCGGGUUUGCGCUUGUCCCGGAAGAGACAGGAAGUCGGAGGAAGAGAACGCGGAGAAAGCUACCAUCCCUAAAAUGAAAUCUAAGAAGGUUGUUGUUCCAGCUCCUCCUCGGAGCAGCUCUUCCGAAAGCGCCAAGAGGUCGGCUGCGGGGUCUUCCAACAACGAGUCCGAAAGCGGACCCUAUAUCCUCCAGAUCCGUGAUCGGAAACACUACCGGAUGCUGAAGGUAAUCCUGGAAGCGCUUGAACUUCGAGAGGAGAAGCUGCAAGGAGAGGAGGAGGAGGCGGAGCCAGAGAUUCACCGCUUGCCAAAGGCAAAACGGAAGCGGCUCCGACUAAAGGAGGAGAACCCGGAUUCAGACUAAGGAUCAAGCCUUUUUUU